UUCAGUAUACAUAAUAUAUGCAAUAUUAAAUGUUUCACCAAAGAAUAAGUCCAUGUGAUUGCACUCUAUAUAAAGAAGAAGAAGUGUCCCUUAGUUUACACAACUCAAUAUAUUGUAUUACAAAUUACUUCAUUCUUGCUCUUGAAAAAAACAAAUUAAAGCAAGAUGAUUUCAAUUAGCAACAAAGUGUUGGUCUCACUUGUGCUGGUACUGAUAUCUCAUGUUUGUUUAGUACGAGGAUACAUUAAUACAGAGACAGUCGUAUGUUACACGAAGAGCUGCCCGUGUUUCCUCAAACGCGUCAAAUGCCCAAUCCAGUGCCCCUCUCAACAUCCACAAAACCCUAAAGAUAAAGCGUGUUUCCUUAACUGCAACUCUCCUAUAUGCAAGGCCGAAUGCAAACAUAAGAAGCCGAACUGCAACGGUCCCGGAGCAGCAUGCCUGGAUCCCCGCUUCAUCGGCGGAGACGGCAUAGUUUUCUACUUCCACGGCAAGAGCAACCAGCACUUCACCUUACUUUCCGACCGGAAUCUCCACAUCAACGCGCGUUUCAUCGGCCUUAGACCCGCCGGAAGACAGAGGGACUUCACGUGGAUUCAGGCGCUGGGUAUUCUGUUCGACAACCACACUUUCUCCGUCGAGGCGACCAAGGCUGUAAAGUGGGACGACGGAGUCGACCGUCUUAAGUUCUCCUACGACGGCGAGGAACUGCACCUGCCGGAGGGGUACCCGUCGCUCCUCCGGACAUCGCCGGAGAACAGUGGCAGCGGCGGCGGCGGCGGCGUUGAGGUUGAGAGGACUUCGGACAGGAACGGGGUUCUGGUGGUUUUGCCGGAAGUUGCGGAGAUUUCGAUCACGGUGGUGCCGGUGACGGAGGAGGAUGACAGGGUUCAUGGGUACCGUAUACCUUUUUCCGACGACUGUUUUGCCCAUCUGGAGGUGCAGUUCAGAUUCAUCGGCGGAUUGUCCCCGGAGGUGGAGGGUGUUCUGGGGAAAACUUACCGGCCGGAGUUUGUGAAUCCGGCGAAGCCCGGAGUGGCGAUGGCGAUUGUGGGAGGUGAGGAUAAGUACAGGACUUCUUCUCUUUUGGCUGCUGACUGUGUGAACUGUGUGUUUUCUCAUGAGAGUGUGGAGCUUUAGUUUUUCUCACAAUUAAAACUAGUGAUAUAGUUUUAAUUAUUUAAACAUUUUUAAUUUGUUCAAUAUUAAACAUUUGAAUUGUAUUUUGAAUAUUUUCUCGCAGUUAUCAAUUCGUAAAUUAAUUAUUCAAACAUUUUUUU